AGAAAAAUAAAGAAAGUAUUUAUAUAUAUAUUGAAAAUGGGUGGAAGUGAAGAUGAAGGUCGUCAAGGAUGGACCAAAAUGAGGACAGUCCUCCUCCUAUUCAACGCCGUCUUACUAGCCGUCGGCAACUGCGGCAACCCUCUCCUCACGCGCCUCUACUUCCUCCGCGGCGGCAAACGCGUCUGGUUCUCCACGUGGCAGCAAACCGCCGCGUGGCCUGUCAUCUGCGUCCCCCUCGCCGCCUCCUACCUCCACCGCCGCCGCCGCCAGAACGCCGAGGUCUUCCUCAUCACCCCGUUCCUCGUGGCGUCCGCGGCGGCGGCGGGCCUCCUGAUGGGCCUCAACAACUACCUCUACACCUACGGCGUGGCCAAGCUCCCGGUCUCCACGUCAUCCCUCAUCCUCAGCUCCCAGCUCGCGUUCACCGCGGUGUUCGCCUACUUCCUCGUGAGGCAGAAGUUCACCCCCUUCACUGUGAACGCGGUGGUCCUCCUCACCCUGGCGGCGGUGGUUCUCGGGGCUAGGGCCGGGAACGACCGCCCCAAGGGGGAGUCGAACAAGGACUAUGCCUUGGGGUUUUUGUUGACCGUAGGGUCGGCGGCUUUGUAUGGACUUCUCAUGCCGGUGAUUGAGUUGAGUUACAAUAAGGGCAAAACGGGAAUGAUUGAGUAUGGUUUGGUGUUGGAGUUUCAAAUGGUCAUGUCUCUUGUUGCAACUCUUUUCUGCACGGUUGGAAUGCUCAUUAAUCACGACUUUCAGGUACUUUCAAGGGAGGCAAGAGAGUUUGAAUUGGGGAUAACAAACUACUACUUGACAGUAGUGGGAAACGGUUUAUUUUCGCAAUUCUUCUUCGUGGGGGCCCUUGGGGUGACGUCAUACGGCUCUUCUUUGCUCUCAGUCCUCAUCGUCGCCGUCCUCCUACCGGCCACCGAGCUUCUGGCGGUGAUUUUUUACCACGAGAAGUUCGCGGCCGAGAAGGGAAUCUCUCUCUUCCUCUCCCUCUGGGGAUUCAUUUCUUACUUUUACGGCGAGGUGAAAAGCAACCGCGAAAAUAAGGAGAAAAAGAGGAUAAUGAAAGAGCUGCAGGAGACGGAGAUGAUGGGGUCGCCGUCAACUAACGCCGUCAGCUCGCCACCGCAGGUGGGAGUGUGAGAUCCAGAAGACGAUCGAUCGCUGCAGCCGUUACGCAACACAACUCCGUCAACCAAUGGGUUUUCACCCUCAUUUUCACUAUUGUGACGUUUUGGCACGUACGGCCCCUUUCAAAAUUGACAUGAAUGCAUUUUAUCUUUUCCUAAAUAAUUAGAAAUCCCAGUUACAAUUUCAAUGUCAGCUCUAUUUUGUACGGAGUACAACUUUUUGAUGUAUUUUUAAAUAUGUAAAUUUAAUUUUAUCAGUUUUAUUUGUAUUGCCCUAUACUAUUUUUUUUAAUAUAGAGCUGUAAAUUUA